CCGCGCGACGCGUAUCGCGCCACCCCGCGGGGAGGCAUCGAGCGGCGAGCUUCCUGAUAUCGCUUACGAGCGUUACCCGUCCGGCGUGAACCCGCGGCGCGCGACGUCGAGUCACCCGCUCGCGCGAGCGAAAUGACGACGACGGUCGAGGGCGUAACAAACUUACCCUCGCCCGAGAAGGUUGAAGCAACGAACUUGCUUCGUCUCGACGAGGCGUAUCAAGGACGCGCGAUGUUCGUGAAGGUGAAGUGCGUCGACGGCGAGGCCCCGAGCCAGCUCUCGCAUCACCCGGAGCUUCGAUUCCGGUUCCCCCCGCGCGUGCGCGACGAGCCGCCGGUCAUAUUCAACGGAGUCAGCAUCCAGGUGCGAGGGUUCUUCUUCCGCUCGGUCCGCGAGAUUUCACUUUCGAGGCGACGCGUCGUGUACACGUCCUCCCCCUCGAGGCAUAUCGCUUCUCUCUCUGAACGCGUCGCGCCUUCUCUUCUCCACGCGAGCGCAGGCGACGGACGACGUGGAAAUACGCAUGCGCCGCGACCGCGCCGGGUGCUUCGUGAGCACGGACGAGAUCUUCGUCUUUCACUCCGCGCCGUUUGAGAUUUACUGCGAAAAAGAACGCUGGGCGACGGGCGUCUUGACGCGCCGCGCCGCGGAGGGCGCGACGACCUCUCCGAAAUGGACGCUCGAGCUGUCCCCGU